AUGUCCGGCCACAUGCAAACCUCACAGCUUCACCGACGUACCUCUCGCAGCUCCGGCAGCCAAGUACCAUGCCGAUCAUCACGCAUUGAGAAGACAAAGAGCCAUCACAACAGUCCGAAAACCAUGGAGAGGAGGAAGACUACCACCGAGACUAAGCUCUACGCUACUCUGGAUGACCACUACAGGAUGAUGUUUGGCGUGUCACAGGACGAGGAGGAAGAGCGUCCCCAACAGAGUAGACCUGUUAGCUGGCAUCCGUCAUCAUCACAGUUUCAGGCUUCUCAACAAACCAACUACUUCGAACCCAUGCCACAUCAGCAAUGGUCACAACAUUACUCUCCAUCUUCCCGUGACUCUUGUCACGGCUCAGACUUCUACUCCUUAUCCACACGCAACUCCAUGUUUGAGCCAAUGAACGGUGCUCCCACAUAUGCCAAUACACAAUCAGAGUGCGGAUGGUCCCAGCACACACCUGGUUACGUCCAUUCUUCUCUCAACACACCUUCGAUCGAGGCUUUGCCCUGGUACCUGCAGCAAUGGGCUCAAAAGAACCAAGCACAGACACCUUCCGACUUCCUACCUAUUCAACCUUGUGUUCAGCAAGAUCAAGAUAUGGAAGACGACGACGGCGAAAAGCUUGUUGCUUUGGGCCUCUACGACGCACCUGAGCCAUCACUGACCUGGAGUGCUCUUAAUGAAGGAACCGGAAAGGGCCUAAAGCUUGAGGAGACAUGGCAACCGCCCGAGGAGGAGGAUGGCGAAGACGAGGACGAUGACGCGAGCUCGGAGGCCAGUGUCGAGGAACCAUCUCCGCCUCUGCCAGCGGUGCAUCAACCGAGCCAGCACCUGCCAGUCCACGUCAAGGCUCAAACACCGGGCAACAUGGAAGGACAGAGCUUCUUCUUUGACGAAGACGAGUCGGUAUCCAAGGAGUGGUGGUUUCAACAGAUGAAGCAGCCCACCAUGCCGGUGCGGGACGCCGGACUGGGAUAUGGAUGGCUAUGA